CAAACCCCAAAUUUAUCUCAAAAUCCGCGAUUCUCUUGCGAGCUCGCACUUUCUUUGUUUCUCUCUCUCUCUCAGAGCCCAGAACCAAGACUCGUCUGUCCUUUUUUUUUUUUUUUAUGCUAUUCUUCAUCUUCUUCUUCUUCAAUGUAAGUUUGUAUGUAUGUUUCCUUUUAGAAUGAAUCCUAAAUCAUAGAGAAGAGAGCAAGCAAAGGUAGAAAGUUCUGUGGCAAUAUUCCAUUGCGUUGGUAAUGGAGGGAUUGGACGGCAUGAUCGAGAGGUUGUUGGAAGGAAGGAAUAAUAGAGGGAAAAGAAUCCAGCUCAACGAUUCUGAAAUCCGACAAAUUUGCCUCACUGCCAAGAAACUCUUCCUCACCCAACCUAAUCUCCUUGAACUAGAAGCUCCCAUUAACAUCUGCGGUGAUAUACAUGGCCAAUAUUCAGACCUUCUUCGGUUGUUUGAGUAUGGUGGAUUUCCACCUAAAGCCAACUACUUGUUUCUUGGAGACUAUGUCGACAGAGGAAAGCAAAGUAUAGAAACCAUAUGUCUCCUCCUUGCUUACAAGAUAAAAUUUCCAGACAACUUUUUCCUCCUUCGGGGAAACCAUGAAUGUGCUUCUAUCAACAGAAUUUAUGGGUUCUAUGAUGAGUGCAAGCGCCGUUUCAGUGUCCGUCUGUGGAAGGUAUUUACAGAUUGCUUCAACUGUUUGCCUGUGGCUGCCGUUAUUGAUGAGAAAAUCCUCUGCAUGCAUGGUGGACUCUCGCCAGAUAUGCGGAGCUUGGACCAAAUAAGAGCAAUUGAAAGGCCAAUAGAUGUUCCAGACCAAGGUAUUCUGUGUGACCUCCUCUGGGCUGAUCCGGAUAGAGACAUCAGUGGCUGGGGUGAGAAUGAUAGGGGUGUCUCUUAUACCUUUGGAGCUGACAAGGUAGCUGAGUUCUUAAAGAAACAUGACCUUGAUCUCAUAUGCCGUGCUCAUCAGGUAGUGGAAGAUGGUUAUGAAUUCUUUGCAGACAGGCAGCUUGUUACCAUAUUUUCUGCACCAAACUAUUGUGGAGAAUUUAAUAAUGCAGGUGCAUUGAUGAGCGUGGAUGCAAGCUUGCUCUGCUCAUUUCAGAUUCUUAAGCCCAGUCAAGCAAAGUUGGAACUGCUGGAAUAAUUUGCAACCAUUCAAGUAAGUUGGAAAUUAAGGAUCCUUUGGUUCUUUGCCCUCUUUUUGGAUGUACGGUUGUAUAUAAAGCUGACCAAGCAUCAGAAAACUGUGCGUAUGGUAUACCUUAUACCACAGAGGAGCAGUUGCAAAGCAAAAACAGCAACAGAUGCUGGUGCUACAUAAUUUGUCCGAAUGGCCGAUCUAUUUUUGAAUUCUAGUUUAUAAACAUGCAAGCUUCUUAACUCUUUAAAGAGCAAUUCGGAUAUGUAUCGUUAUGUUAUCAUACCUUGAAUCGGUUG